CGCCAUCCCGAAUAAAUCUUCCUCAACAUCGACGCAGGCCCCGACACCCCUCCGCGACGAAUCUUACACCCAGCUCGACUUCGCUUCCUCGUCGGACUGAAUUCUCGCAACAAUGGCGACCGAGUUGACCGUCCAGUCGGAACGUGCGUUCCAGAAGCAGCCUCAUAUCUUCGUCAACCCCAAGACCAAGGCGAAGAGCAAGAAGGUCGGCCAGGGCCGCAGAUGGUACAAGGAUGUCGGUCUUGGAUUCCGUACCCCCAAGAACGCUAUUGAGGGCACCUACAUCGACAAGAAGUGCCCCUUCACUGGUAUGGUCUCCAUCCGUGGCCGUAUCCUGACCGGCCGUGUUGUCUCCACUAAGAUGCACCGUACCAUCGUCAUCCGUCGUGAAUAUCUCCACUACGUCCCCAAGUACAACCGUUACGAGAAGAGACACAAGAACCUUGCUGCUCACGUCUCUCCCGCUUUCCGUGUUGAGGAGGGUGACUGGGUCACCGUCGGCCAGUGCCGUCCCUUGUCCAAGACUGUCCGCUUCAACGUCCUCCGUGUCCUGCCCCGUACCGGUAAGGCCGUCAAGGCUUUCUCCAAGUUCUAAGCAUGUCGAUGAUGAAGGGGGUGUUCGAUUCCAGAGGGUCAACCUAGGGCAGCGGCGUGGCUGGAUAUAAGCGAAUUAGUUUAACGGGUUGGGAUUACUUCACGAUUUCAUGUCCCUGGUACCCUUGUGAAGGAAAUAUCCAAUGAAAAAAAGCUUUUUGAUACUCCAUGCUAGAAUUUCAACCGUAUAGCCGGCCGGGAACGGGGACUACCAUGCAUGACAGUUCGGGAAUUGAGCUUUUUCAGGAUGCAAAUCUAGGUCUUUUUCCCAUUCAAUUUGCCCUUCACUCUUCUGUCGUUCUUCCUAGAUGGUUCGAUUAUUUUCUCUUGUUUCUAAAACUAGAGAAUUAGAACGCCAGCUGCUCUUCGGCAGCCAAACGCAGCAUGUUUCAGAUAUC